GGUUCAUGCGACACGGCGCUUCCAAGCGGCUGAUUACCCAAACAGAUCAUGGCGGAGGACGGAGCACCGGGAUCCGCCGAACGGGCACCGACAGCGGCCGAGAAACUGCCCCUCCGCCGCCGACAGGAGCUCGACUACUGGAGGAAAAACGCGGCGCGGCUCCGCAGCCGGAACCUGCUGACCGGCCUGGCCAUCGGAGCGUUCGUGGUCGGGAUGUUUAGCUACACCAUCGUGUCCGUCAAACAGGAGAGAAUCACGGAGGAGCUGGACGAGGAAGCCAGGAUCCACAUCUUCAGAGGGCCACGGACCGGUGCCAACUCCUGAACACUAACUCUCCUCGACUCACUGCUCUCUGGCCCCUCACCGCGGCAUCCGACUGUAGGGGGACAUCACACUGAGUCGUGUCAGCUGGGCUUCUCAUACCCCUCGCCACUGCCAUUCAUAUUAGGACAUUACAGAGGUUUUGAUUGUUUCUUUUCUGUUGAUUUCUGAGCUUAGCCGCAACAUGCGGCGGAAAAACCAGUAACGUUUAUCUACAGGUCCGUGAUUGCCAGAUAAAUUCCUAAUAGUUUCCGAGACAUUUCCUUAAUUUUCCGGGGAAAAAGAGACAGCGUUCAGCCGAGCCGUUUCCAGUGAAUUAAGUAAAUUGACUACGAGCAUAGCCUAGAAAGUCACUCCGUCAGUGCACCGCAGGACAGCCAAACAUCAAAAAAUAUGAAAUUUGUCUACAGACAAGCAGUCAAUUCAGUAUGUAUAGAGAAUAAAGUUUUCCAAUAUUCUAUGAAUAAUAAAUGUGUAUUAUUAUUGAUUUGCUCGGCUUGAAAUUGAAAGUUGUUUUCAGGGAACGUUUAGAAAAUGAUUAAUGACAAAUAGUAAUAUUACAGUGUUUCUAUAAGUGCUUUACAAGGACAAAAUAAAAAAUAAAUGAAAAAACCUACAUUGUACAUGUUGUAUAUAAAUUACAGUCCCAUGCAAAAAACCCGCAUUACUGAAAAACUUUGUAUCGAAACAUUCGUAAAUCUUGCCAUUUAAUGUCAUCUCACGUGUCAGCAAAAAUACAGUAUGUACCUGAAGUCACCUCAGUUGAGCCAUUAAACAGCUCUUAUUGAACUAUA